AUGCUUGCGGCCAUCGCGCCGUGCGCUGGUUUCCUGGUUGCGCCUGCCGUGCAGCCGUGGCGCGGCCACGCGGCCGCGAUCGCGGCGCGGAUGCAGCUGGACAUUGAGCGCAAGACGGGCGACAACGUCGAGCAAAUCAAAGACACAAAGCGGGACAAGGUGAUGACCUUCAGCUACGACAUGUCGCUCGACACGGGGUACGAGAAGCCGACGUACCCUGGCACGGGUAACGGCCUCGGCGGCGAGGGCCUGCAGGACGAGUACGACGUGGUCGUGAUCGGCUCGGGCAUGGGCGGCCUCGCUUGCGGCGCGCUGAGUGCAGAGUACGGCUCGCGCGUGGCGGUGAUCGAGUCGCACAUCAAGCCGGGCGGCUCGGCGCACACCUUCACGCGCGUGCACAAGGGCGGCAAGUACUCCUUCGAGGUUGGCCCCUCCAUCUUUGAGGGCCUCAACGGGCCGUCCCUGAACCCGCUGCGCACCAUUCUCGACAUGCUCGGGGAGGCGCCGCUCCGCACCUGGGCCCCGGGCCAGGGCCACGCACAGACGCUCUCGCGAUGCCGUCCGGAGACCUCCGGAACACCGGCUUUUGGGUCCUCCGUGCCCGCCGCUCCUCUUCCCACAGCCGCCAUCUUCCAGCCGCUCCCUUUUGACCGGCCCCCGCCUUAA